CUCAGAGUGGCAGCCUUACAAGUUACAAGUAAUACAGCAGCAGCUCAUUGGUCCCUGUACGUGAGUUCCUCUUCGCCUUCCGUACUUCCAACUUCUAAGCUGACCCUUGAGCAUCUGGCAUCUAUCCAUCUCUGCCCCAGUCUCUCUUUCUUCCCGCUAGUUGCGCUCGGUAGCAGCUCAAUAAAGAUUUGGUUUGCUCAAUCAAAGAAAGCGCGGUUCGCAAAAGUAGCAAUCAUGGCGGCUGUGGAGAACGGGAUGGGAAACAGCGAGCUCCUUGGACAGCAUGCUUUCCUGGCCGACCUUGGCAUCCAGGCUCACAACCCCGGCGUCUUCGGUGGCUCUGCCGUGGGAGGCGCUUGGAGCGGUUCAGGCCCUGUCAUCACCUCAGUCAGCCCCAGCAACAACAAACCUAUCGCCACAGUCCAAGAAGGCUCUGUUCAAGACUAUGAAGAAGCACUGAAUGCGUGCGAGAGUGCCAAGGCGACAUGGAUGGCUGUUCCUGCACCCAAGAGGGGCGAGAUUGUGCGUCAGAUUGGGGAUGCAUUGAGAGCGAAGUUGGCCCAGCUUGGGCGGCUUGUGAGCCUGGAGUGUGGGAAGAUCCUGCCAGAGGGCAUAGGGGAGGUUCAGGAGUUUGUGGACAUCUGCGACUACGCGGUGGGGCUGAGCCGCAUGCUGAACGGCGCCGUGCUGCCCUCCGAGCGGCCCAGCCACUUCAUGAUGGAGCAGUGGCAUCCGCUCGGGAUCGUGGGCGUCAUCUCUGCUUUCAACUUCCCGAACGCGGUCCUUGGGUGGAACGCUGCCAUCGCAUUAGUGACAGGAAACCUUGUUGUCUGGAAAGGGGCUCCGACGACGUCCCUCAUUACCGUCGCCACGACCAAGAUCAUCGCCGAGGUGCUGAAGAGAAACGGGCUGCCGGGCGCGAUCUUCACCUGCGUAUGUGGAGGAGCGGAGAUUGGGACGGCUAUGGCAGAAGACAAGCGCAUCAAUCUGAUGUCGUUUACGGGCAGCUCCCACGUGGGCCAGCUGGUGCAGCAGAAGGUGGCCGCGCGCUUCGGGCGGUGCCUCCUCGAGCUGAGCGGCAACAACGCGAUUGUGGUCAUGGACGAUGCGGACCUGCAGCUAGCCGCGCGAGCGACGCUGUUUGCGGCUGUGGGAACGGCGGGGCAGCGAUGCACGACCUGCCGGCGGUUAUACGUGCAAGAGGGUGCAUACGACGCCCUCAUUCCGCAGCUGCUGAAGGCGUAUAAGCAGGUGCGGGCGGGGGAUCCCCUGGAAGAAGGAACGUUGUUGGGGCCGCUUCACACCAAGGAUUCCAAGACUCGGUUCCUCGACGGGAUUGGGAAGAUCAAAGCGCAGGGCGGGAAGAUCCUGACGGGCGGUGCCAGGAUCGACCGCGAGGGGAACUACGUCGAAGCCACGAUCGUCGAGAUCGCAAACGACGCCGGGUGCGUGAAGGAAGAGCUGUUUGCGCCGGUUUUGUACGUGAUGAAGUUCAAGACUUUGGAGGAGGCGAUCGAGCUCAACAAUUCGGUGCCGCAGGGGCUGAGCAGCAGCAUCUUCACGACCAACCCGGAGACCAUCUUCAAGUGGACUGGGCCGAACGGCAGCGAUUGCGGCAUCGUGAACGUCAACAUCCCCACGAACGGCGCCGAGAUCGGCGGCGCAUUUGGCGGGGAGAAGGCGACGGGGGGCGGCCGCGAAGCCGGCAGCGACUCGUGGAAGCAGUACAUGCGGCGAGCCACGUGUACGAUCAACUACAGCAAGGACUUGCCUCUGGCUCAAGGGAUUAAGUUCGAGUGACCCAAGUUUGCGGGAAGGUAUUUUGCACGUUGAAGGAGCAGAGUAAUCACACCCUCGCGGUUGUAACAUAUGAGACUCGUGAGCUUGAAGCUAGUGUAUCAGGUUUACUGUUUAAGGUUUAGUUGCUUUGUAAAAUCUCAAUUCAGCCAUUACUCAAGGCAACAUCAGCGAUAGACCCUUUGAGUUCCUACGCUCGCUUGUAACGGACGCUUUUGGUGCAUGUAAAGGGACCGCAAUUGUAUCUGAUCGGAUGGACAGGCCCCGGGUUAGUGACGCUUACACCUGAAUAGCUCAUUGCCCUCUGCGGGCUCGCGAGUCACCGGCGUUCAGAUUGUAUACUCGAACUUACAAAGUUAUUAGCUAGAUGAUCACUGUUGAUCUGGCCAAGACUAUCUGCUUGAGAUAACAGCGUCCCGACUUUAACAAUUAGCCUUUGAAGACUUUGCUUGCAUGCUCCAAGUUGACU